GCCUGGUGUCUAGGAGAUAUCAGUCUAGUACUUGAGAACCAACCGUUCGCAACUAAACAAACCAAUCAACAUGUUCAAAUACUUCGCUCUGUGCCUGUUCGCCAUCGUGGCCUGUGUGGCUGCCAAGCCGGCGGUGAUCGCUGCUCCUCUGGCCUACAGCGCCUACUCCUCGCCCUAUGUGGCCGCAGCCCCUUACUCGGCUGCCUACACCGCCGCUUACACCGCUCCAGUGGCCGCCGCCUACUCCGCCUACUCGUAUCCCUAUGCCUCCGCCUACUCCGCCUAUCCCUAUGCCGCCUACUACCGUUAAAAAGGCAAGGACUGAGGACGAAUAAUACCCUGACUGCUAAACUGGACCUGAAAAAAUCAUCUAUUACAACAAGGAUACUUCCCGACUAGCCAAGAUCUAACCGCCUACUACUACAUCCCAGUGAUUUCUAUCUACAUCUCCCCUGGUAUUAGUUCGGCAGAACUUCUAUCUUUCCCACCUCUGCUGACUGCUGAAAGUUAAGUCAUGGGAACAGGACACACCAUUGUAAAAGGAAUAUUAUUGUUGAAAUAAAUACUGCAUUUUGCGUGAAACGUAAA